AUGACGUGCCUUCUUGUCUCUCUACGCUCCACACGACGAGCUCUUGCCAGUUCCUCCAAAGCGGUUUCUUCAAUUGGCGUGACUCAGAGCCUGCCAGCCCAACGGCAGCGCGCCGCCGCCUCGAAUCAAAUUUGUCUCCGAGCCCCCACCAUCCCCCACCACUCAAUUCUCCCCCGCCGCACUCGUUCCUUCAGCACGAUUCCAUACCUCGCUGCGCAGAUUGACACCAUGGGUAAAGACAAGGGACCGACUUUCAACCUCAAGACCCCCAAGGGCACCAAGGACUGGUCCGGGUCCGAUGCCAUCCUCCGAGACCGCAUCUUCACCACCAUCAGCAAUGUCUUCAAGCGCCACGGCGGUACUGCCCUCGAUACACCUGUCUUUGAACUGCGCGAGAUUCUGGCUGGCAAAUACGGCGAGGACUCGAAGCUCAUCUACGACCUGAAGGACCAGGGUGGUGAGAUCUGCUCGUUGCGUUACGAUCUGACCGUUCCCUUCGCUCGCUGGCUGGCCAUGAACCCGGAAGUCCGCAGCAUCAAGCGCUAUCACAUUGCCAAGGUCUAUCGCCGAGACCAGCCCGCUGUCAGCAAGGGUCGCAUGCGUGAGUUCUACCAAUGCGACUUUGAUAUCGCUGGCGCAUUCGAUCCCAUGGUCCCCGAUGCCGAGGUCAUGCGCAUUGUGAGCGAGGUCUUCGAGGAGCUUGGCUGGAACGGCCGCUAUACGAUCAAGAUCAACCACCGCAAGAUCCUUGACGGUGUGUUCCAGGUCUGCGGUGUUCCCGAGGACAAGAUUCGCCCGAUCUCGAGCGCCGUGGACAAGUUGGACAAGAUGCCUUGGGCGGACGUGCGCAAGGAGAUGGUGGAACAGAAAGGUCUGGACGGUGCCGUGGCGGAUCUCAUUGAAACCUAUGUCAUGAACAAGGGUGGACGGGAGUUGCUGGACAAGCUCCUCCAGGAUGAGAAGCUCACUGCCAAUGCCUCUGCCAAGGCUGGUCUCGACGAUAUGGCUCUGUUGAUGGACUACCUCGAGGCGUUCAAGGUGCUGGAUAAGAUUUCAUUCGACAUGUCUCUGGCCCGUGGACUUGACUACUAUACCGGUGUGAUCUACGAGGUAGUUACCGAGGGCUCCGCCCCCGCGGUGUCAUCUGAUGCCGCCGACGCCGAGAAGCUCAAGAAGUCCACCAAGAAGCCCAAGUCCAAAAACGGAGACGACGACGACCGCUCGGAUGACCCCACCCUUGGUGUCGGUAGUGUUGCUGCUGGUGGACGUUAUGACAAUCUUGUUGGCAUGUUCCUGCCCAAGGCCCAGAUUCCUUGCGUGGGUAUCUCAUUUGGCGUGGAUCGUAUUUUCUCCAUCACCAAGGCUCGCCUCGAGCGCGAGCAGGAUGCCAAGCCCCUGCGCAAUAGCGAAGUCGACGUGCUUGUCAUGGCCUUUGGCGGCAAGGGAUUCACCGGCAUGCUCAAGGAGCGUAUGGAGAUCUGCCAGAAGCUGUGGAGCGCUGGUAUUAAGGCCGAAUUUUCAUACAAGGCCAAGCCCAAGCCUCAGCAGCAAUUCAAGGCUGCCGAGGACGGCGGCAUUCCCUUCGGUAUCAUCAUUGGUGAAGACGAGCUCGCCGCAGGCAAGGUCAAGGUCAAGGAGAUGGGUCUGGACAAGGACCACCCCGAAAAGGAGGGUGUCGAAGUCGACCUGGCCAAUCUGAUUCCCGAGGUGCAAGCCCGCCUUGCUAAGAAACAGGAAGGUUCCGUAGCGAACUUGACUCAGCAACUGCAGGAUGUACAGGUCUGA